AUGGUUUAUGCAGCUAAUCAUAUAGAUGAUAAGAAGAUUCUUUGGGAUGACCUUUUGGCCUUAGCUGUUGGUAUUAAUCAUCCUUGGGCUAUCAUGGGAGAUUUCAAUUAUUGCAGAUUUCACUUUGAAAAAGUUGGUGGCAAUCCUCUUCCUCCCAGCAGGCUGGGGGAGUUAAAUAACUUUAUUUUUGAUAGUGGAAUGCAAGAUCUGGCUUCGGUUGGACUUUCAUUUACUUGGUUUAACCAAAGGGUUGAUUUGUUCAUUCAUAUUAAACUUAUUAGAACCCUUGUAAAUGCUGCUUUCCUGGAAUCCUUUCCUUCAGCUUAUUAUAAGGUGGACCCUCCUAUUGGCUCUGAUCAUUCCCCUUUGAUCAUGAUGGCUUCCCCGGUUACUAAAACUUAUUCUCAGUUCAUGUUCAAGGAUUACUGGUGUAAGAUGGAUGGUUUUUGGGAGGAGGUUCUGCAUGCUUUCCAUAGACCUAUCACUGCCAGCCCUAUUACCUCAUUUUAUAACUCUCUGACAAAUCUUAAGCUUUCCCUUAAGGAUAAAUGCUGGGCCACUUCUAACUUCCUCUCCAACUCAAUUUUAGAGGCUAAGAGCUUUCAAUUUCAAUGUCCCUCUAAUAUUCAGCUUGAUCUUUUAAAUUUGGAUCUUAAUGCUACCCUUAAAAGGGCUAAUGAUAUCUUGCCUCUUUACAAUCCGCUUGGUCUUCAUGGAUUUCUCAAAGGCAUCCCUAUUGGCAACUGUAUUCCUUCCUCCCUCUUGGAUGUUCUAACGGUUCCGGUUACUACUAAGGAGAUUAAGUCUGUUGUUUUUGAUGGGGUUGCUACCUCUAGCCCUGGCCCUGAUGGCUUCUCUUUUGGCUUCUAUCAACAAACUUGGCACUUAAUUGGGGACCAUCUUUGCAAGGCUGUGAAACAUUUCUUUAGCUCGGGUCACCUUCCUAAAGGGGCAAAAGCUACAGCUAUUUGCCUCAUUCUUAAAGGAACUCAUUCCACCAACAUUGCUGAUUUUAGACCUAUUUCCUUAUUCAAUGUGUUCUACAAGAUUAUGGCUAAGAUUCUUGCAAAUAGAUUAAAUAUUGUUCUUCCUUACAUCAUCCAUGAGAGCCAAGCUGGCUUCAUUGCAAGAAGGUGUUCCACUAAUAAUAUUGUUCUUGCUGCUGAAUUACUGAAAGCUUUUAAAGGUUCACCAAAAUUCUUCAGUGCAAAGAUUGACAUUAAGAAGGCUUUUGAAAUAGUUUCCAAGGUCUUCUUGAUUAAUAGAUUAAGGGAUAAAGGUUUCCCUGAGAUUUUCAUUACUUGGAUUGAGGGUUGCAUCUCGGAGGUGUAUUUCUCUAUUUGCCUUAAUGGCUCUUUGGAGGGAUUUUUCAACUCUUCCUCCGGGCUUCGUCAGGGUUGCCCCCUUUCUCCCCUGCUUUUUUGCAUCAUCAUGGAUGGACUUUCUUCUUGCCUACUCCCUCACAGUAACUCUUUUAUUGGGAUUAAUCACAAGAAUUUUGAGCUCAAUCAUCUUAUGUAUGCAGAUGAUCUUCUUGUUUUUGGUGAUGCGUCGUUGGAGAAUGUUACUUGCUUGAAAAAUGUCCUUCAUUGUUUCUCUGAAGCUUCGAGUCUUAAGAUUAAUCCGAUGAAAAGUUUCAUCCUUUUCUCUAAUAUGGUGGACAAUGGUGAUCUGAUUGCUGCUAUCUUGGGCAUUUCUAAUAUUAGGGACUCUCUUACCUAUCUGGUUUUUUGCUGGAGGUUUUGUUUUAGCUGCAGUUCUUUUGGUCUUAUUUUGCUUACUUUUGGGAUUGGGCUAUUUCCGCUGUGGGCAUUCUCUUUCGAGACCUGGAAUUUUCGGAGUAGAUAUGGUGUUUCUAUUCUACAGUUGUCUUCCUGUAAGGGUUUUCAGAUUGGAACUUCUUCUGACUGUGAGCUGUCUUCGCUUGGAGGAAAUUUUGAAUUUUGCUGGACUAUGAUAAGCAAAGGUCUACACCAUUCCUCCUUAGGAUGGUCUUUUGGCAACCAAGGAGUUCAUUGUGGAAGUUUUGGGAGAAGCUGUGAUGGUCAGCAGGUUUUCCUGGCUAUUGGCAACCGGCUUCUUGUUGGAUUUUGCUGCUGCGUGUUCCUCUCGGUUUCAAGCUGA